UAUGCAAAAUCCAAAAUAUGUAGUCCAAUUCAACUUUGAGUCUCGUGUAAUGUGGAAGAAAUCAGAACAUGAAUAACUUUGUUGCUUUGGUAUCCUUUACCAAAAGAGAAUCAAAUGGUUCUGGGGGGACCAUAAAGAAUUGAAUCUUCUCAAAAUGUACCUCUCAAAUAGGGUUUUCUUUGGGAAUAUAUCAAUUUUCUAUGAAUCUAGUCAGAUCAUUGGUUCUGGUGCAUCCUCGAAGGUAAUUCUGCUUUCCCUCACUCUCAGGUGUGUCUCGUGAAGCGGAACACAGAUGUUUUGUACUACGCAGCAAAAUGUAUCUCAAAGAAGUAUCUAACAGGGAAAAAGUCUAAUGAUCGUAUAGUAUGUACAUUUAACAAUUUCUGAUAAGGCUAGAUUGUAAUCUGAGAUCGAGAUUUUAUAAAAGAUUGACAAUCCAAUAUUUGUCAAAUUACUGGAAAUUUAUGAAGGAGACAACUCUUAUUAUUUGAUAACUGAUUAUUAUGAAGGUGAUACUCUCUACAAUUUUAUUCGAAAUACUCAAAGUGAUACUUUACCAAGUUACAUAGUAAGGGAUGGAAUAAAAGUUACACAAAAUAGUUUAUAUAAUUUUAGACCUUAUUGCUUGGUCUUCAAUAUUUAGAAUCUUAAGGUUUGAUACAUAGAGACAUCAAACUAGAGAAUAUUCUAUUAGCGAAAUAGAAUGAAAUAAAGUCCCUAAAGAUUAUAGAUUUUGGAUUGGCCAUCUAUGAAAAUUAAUGUACCAAAUUAUCUGUUUGUGGAACACCUGGUUAUAUUGCUCCUGAGAUUCUAAGAGCAGAAAACUAAUAAAAUGAAUAUUUCACAACAAAAUGUGAUGUAUUUAGUGCAGGAGUUAUAUUCUAUAAAUUGUAAUAUAAUAUAUAUAUAUAUUUGUAUAGAUUAACUAAAAGAACAUUAUUUAGAGCUGAAAAUACUGCAGAUAUUAUGAAAGCAAAUACUUAAUGUGAUAUUCAUUUAGAUGAAUUAUAAUAAAAUGUAUAGAAAGAAGCACUUAAUCUAUUGAAAUUAAUGUUAGAACCAAAUCCAAAAAUAAGACCUACUGCUUCAUAAUGUUUAGAACAUCCAUAUUUCUAUUGUUAAUUAGAAGAUAUUAGAAUAUUACAAGAAAUUCUAGAUAAAGUAACAGGAUGUUCAGAAUUUACAAGUAUUAUUUGCUUAUUUAUAAUUUAUUAAAGAAGAAGAACAUUAAGAUACUCAUUCAGUUCCUAAUGAAAGUUAAGCUGCUUAGAUUAAAAGAUGUCCACCAACUUAAUAUAGAGUUAGAGUUGAAUAAAGAAAAAGAACUAGGAGUCCUAGAAAAUAUGCAGAUUUUCAAUUCUAUUUACCAUCCUUCUGUUAGAUGAUUUCUUUUGAAAGUGAAGGUAAUUCAUCUAAUUCAAGUAAAUCUUCAAGAAUUGAGAAUAUAAUAAUCAAUGAAAAAGAAAGUGAAAAAGAUUCAGUAAUAGAAGAAAAUAAUAAGUUUCAACAGUGA